AUGGCCAUGUCGAUUACAAGCACAACAACAGCAGUUGCUCCUUGUAGCUCUAGGCAUCUGCAGGCUUCAAGUUUUGGUCCUAGUUGUCUCAGUACAAAUCGCAGGGACGGCAGAUGCCAUUUUCUUGGAAACAGAAGCUUCUUGCAGUCGAUCAUGAAGGUCCAAAAUGGCACCAAGAUAAAGAUGGAUGUGGUUGUCAAUGGUGUUGAACCUGGAACUCCUCUGCCUUCUGAUCCUUCUUCUGGGACUUCUUGGAAAUUAUGGCUCGUGGGGAUACUUAUCUCAGUAGUUGUACCCUUUUGGAAGAACAAAUGGUGGCCAUUGCAAAAGUUCAGAGAGCAAGUCGAAACGACGCUGGAUUCAGUAGAAGAUGUGGCAGAAUUGGUGGAGAAGGUGGCAGGGGAAGUGGAGAAGGUAGCCGACGACAUUGCUGAUCAUCUUCCUCAGGGAGAUCUUCAAAAGGCAGCAAGGUUUGUUGAGAAUGUGGCAAGAGAAGCAGCCAAGGAUGCGUCGCUAGCUGACGAUCUCAUUGAGAAGGUUGAGGAUGUAGAAAAGGAGCUGGAUUCUAUCAUCGGUCAAGCCAAUGAGAAAAUCAAAGCAUCUGACGAUACUGAAAAGGAGACAGCAAAAAUCAAAGACGCCACUGAUAUCAAAAAUAAGAUAACAGAGAUCAAAGAAACAAAUAAUAUAAAAAAGGAGACAACUAAACCCUGA